AUGGCGAGCAGUCCGGUCAGCGAGAGUAUUGAGAGGCUCAUGACGUCCAAGAGCCAUGACGAAGAGGAAGCUCUGGCCCAUAUCUCGUCGUUGGCGGACAAUGCCAAAUGGCGACUACAGGACGAUAUGCCGGCUCAUAAGAAGGCAGGAUUUCAUCGCCAUCAUCAGUAUACGAGCCCAGAAGGAUUUUCGGAGGUACCUCGUCAAUAUAUUGUGACUACCCACUCCAAGGAACAAAAUUAUGCCACGUAUGCUGCGAACUCAUACGCAUCGGCUAUUGCCAUUCAGGAAGCGAUGAAGUCUCGUCCGUUCUAA